AUGAAACACUCUAUAAUUGUUAAAAUCACAGGCAAAAUGUUAAUCAAAACGUUCGGACUUAUUUUAUUUUUCUCAUCUUCUCAAUCCGAAAAUCUUUUUAGGCCAAACUUGCCACUGGGUGAAUAUCGCGUGGAGUUUGAUAAAAUAUAUCAGUGUGAAACAACAAAAAACCAUUCGAUUCAAUUUAAUUGGUAUAUGAAUAAAAAGACACCAAUUCUAACCGAGUUAAAAGGGAAUGCGACACUUUUGAUACCUUUCGAUGAUACUCUUACACUCAAUGGUAACCUUGCGUCUUGGGGCUCAACUGGCGGAUGGGUGCCAAAUGCAUAUAUUCUCAAUGCAAAAAAAGCAUGCAGUACUGUAAAACUUCUCGGUGGAAAUGUAUGGCUUACCGUUUUAGAGGGUUUCAAUGUUCCAACUAAUAAAUGUCCAAUUCCAGCGGGCACAUAUGUUACGUCAGGGAUCGAUAAGAAGAAAUUUGAAGAUUUUAACUUUCCCAAAGUAUAUUUUUAUGGAAAAUAUAAAGCUGUGGCUCGCUAUAAAAAUUUGAAUAAUGAAGUAGUUUCCUGCACUGUUGCUGAGUUUAGUCUUAUACGACCUUGGGAAACACCAAUUUGAUUACACUAUAUGAAAUAAUAAUUUAAUAUGUUAUUGGCUUAUCAUAAAGGUUACCUAUGUAAUAAAUAUUUUUAACAGUCUAAAUCAGAUUUGAUUCGUAUUCUAGGUGGGGGGGAGAUAUCAUUUUGGUCCAUAAAUAGUACUUUGAACUACUUAAUCCCGAAAUCCAAAUAAUAUAAUGAGCAAAAUGAGCUUUUUAAGUUUUUAAUUUUCACUAAGUCAAAAAUUAUUUUAUUGUUAUUAACUGAUACUGGUAUUAUAUUAGACAACAUAAAGAUCAUAUGACUGUAGUUUUAGAAAAAUAUCAUAUGAAAUAAACAGUUUAUUCCUAAUAAAACCUUAGCGUCCCCAUUUUGCCCCACGUU